CGUGUGUGUCUGACAUCUGCAGAGGCGCCGACAGACCCUCCCCAAAGCAAACCCUAGUGGAGCCUUCGACGCCCAGAUUGCCCAAGACAAUGGCGACAUUACGGGGGAGGACCAAGAAGAAAGCGUCUUUUGAUCAUUUUCCAGAUAACCUUCCUUUGCGGAGCUCCGGGAGGCAGGCCAAGAAAAAGGCGACGGAGAUCCCAGAUGAAGACGAGGAUGGCGGGUCCGAGAAGAAGUACCGGAAAUGUGAGAAGGCGGGGUGCACGGUCGCCUGCCCUGUGUGCUUCGCCAGUGCUUCUGAAAGAUGUGCCAAAAAUGGCUACACGUCCCGGUGGUAUCACCUGUCCUGUGGGGAGCAUUUCUGCAAUGAGUGUUUUGACCACUACUACAGAAGCCAUAAAGAUGGAUAUGACAAAUAUGCAACAUGGAAAAAAAUCUGGACCAGCAAUGGGAAGAGUGAGCCCAGCCCCAAAGCUUUCAUGGCGGACCAGCAGCUGCCAUAUUGGGUUCAGUGCACAAAGCCCGACUGUGGGAAGUGGAGGCAGCUGACGAAGGAGACCCAGCUGACGUCUCAGAUAGCAAGGACCUACCGGUGUGGCUGGAAACAGACGACUGUUAUGAAGCCCGAGACCGUUGAUCAUUGUUUGCAGCCAGAGGACCUAAGAGUGGCAGAAGUCUCCAGCCCCUGGUGGCAUUCCAUGCUUAUCCUUCCUCCUCUGCUGAAAGACAGUGUGGCGGCACCCCUGCUCUCUGCCUACUACCCCGACUGCGUGGGCAUGAGCCCCUCCUGCACUAGCACACAUCACGCUGCUGGUGCCAGCCCUGCCAGCCCUGGGAAGAUGGACCACACUAAGGCAGGAUCCUCUGUACUGGUUCCAGGCAUGAACCGCUACUUCCAGCCUUUCUACCAGCCUAACGAGUGUGGCAAAGCCCUGUGUGUGCGGCCGGAUGUGAUGGAGCUGGACGAGUUAUACGAAUUUCCAGAAUAUUCCCGGGACCCCACCAUGUACCUGGCCUUGCGGAACCUCAUCCUCGCCUUGUGGUAUACCAACUGUAAAGAAGCACUCACUCCCCAGAAGUGCAUCCCCCACAUCAUUGUCCGCGGCCUGGUGCGCAUUCGCUGCGUGCAGGAAGUGGAGCGGAUUCUCUAUUUUAUGACCAGGAAGGGCCUCAUCAACACGGGAGUGCUCAGCGUCAGCUCUGACCAGUAUCUGCUGCCUAAAGAUUACCACAAUAAAUCCGUCAUCGUUAUUGGGGCUGGCCCAGCAGGAUUAGCAGCUGCCAGACAGCUGCAUAACUUUGGGAUAAAGGUCACCGUCCUGGAAGCCAAAGAUCGAAUCGGAGGCCGAGUGUGGGACGACAUGUCGUUCCAAGGUGUCACCGUGGGACGUGGCGCCCAGAUCGUCAACGGCUGCGUCAACAACCCCAUCGCACUCAUGUGUGAACAACUUGGCAUCAGCAUGCAUAAGUUUGGAGAGAGAUGUGACUUAAUUCAGGAAGGUGGAAGAAUAACCGACCCCACUAUUGACAAGCGCAUGGAUUUUCAUUUUAACGCGCUCUUGGAUGUUGUCUCUGAGUGGAGGAAGGAUAAGACCCAGCUGCAAGAUGUCCCGUUAGGAGAAAAGAUUGAGGAGAUCUACCAGGCUUUCACCAAGGAGUCAGGUGUCCAGUUCAGCGAGCUGGAGGAGCAGGUGCUGCAGUUCCACCUCAGCAAUCUUGAGUAUGCCUGUGGCAGCAACCUCCGCCAGGUGUCUGCUCGAUCCUGGGACCACAAUGAAUUCUUUGCCCAAUUUGCCGGUGACCACACACUCCUCACCCCCGGCUACUCUGUCAUUUUGGAAAAACUGGCCGAAGGACUGGACAUUCGGCUUCGGUCUCCGGUUCAGAGUAUUGAUUAUUCUGGAGAGGAGGUGCAGGUGACCACCACAGAUGGGAUAGUGUGUGCUGCCCAGAAGGUGCUGGUUACUGUCCCACUGGCUUUGCUGCAAAAGGGAGCCAUUCAGUUUCAGCCACCUCUGUCCGAGAAGAAGAUGAAAGCCAUCAGCAGCUUAGGUGCCGGCAUCAUCGAGAAGAUUGCCCUGCAGUUUCCUUACAGAUUUUGGGACAGCAAAGUCCAAGGGGCCGACUUUUUUGGCCAUGUCCCUCCGACAGCCAGCAAGCGUGGGCUCUUUGCCGUCUUCUAUGACAUGGACCCUCAGAAGCAGCAUAGUGUGCUAAUGUCGGUGAUCGCAGGUGAGGCCGUGGCUUUGGCACGGAGCCUGGAUGACAAGCAGCUGCUACAAGAGUGCAUGGCCGCCCUCCGCGAGCUCUUCAAGGAACAGGAGGUCCCAGAUCCCACCCAGUUCUUUGUUACCCGCUGGAGCUCGGACCCCUGGAUUCAGAUGGCCUACAGCUUCGUGAAGACGGGUGGCAGCGGCGAGGCCUACGACAUCAUUGCAGAGGAGAUCCAGGGAAUGGUCUACUUCGCUGGCGAGGCAACCAACAGACAUUUCCCACAGACUGUGACAGGGGCGUAUUUGAGUGGUGUUCGAGAAGCCAGCAAGAUCGCAGCAUUCUAAGUCAAACUGGGACCCAGUUUCUCAAUGAUACGUGCAGUUGGAAACACCUAUGAAACCUCACUUUUUGAAAAAUCAAAAUCAUGCAUACACAACCCUCUCUGGACAGCAAAACUGAAGU